AUGGCAUCGGCAGAGAGGCCCCCACCCAGAGCCACCUGGACCAUGGCAGACCUGUGCCCAUUCUCUCCUUGCUGCCCUCUGCCACCUCUGCGCUGCCCAGCAUGGCACUGCUGCUGCCUGUCAGAAAGCAUGAAGGGACUGCUGGUCGCUCUCUUUGGGGGUGGAGUGCCAGCCGGCUUUGUGGCCCCCUUUGCCCGCAAGGCUGAAGCCUCGGGCAUCCCCUCGCUGGAGAUCCUCUUGUUCCGCUGCAUCCUCCACCUACUCUUCAUCUGUCGCAUUUGCUGGCAAAGGGCCCACUGCUGUGGGCCCCCCGAGGCGCGCAGGCACGCCCUCCUCCAUGCCUCCAUCAACGUCAUCUCCGUCGGCUGCGCCUACAGCUCCUUCAUGGUGGUGCCCAGUGGAAACGCCACCACCGUCCGCAAGGGCUCUUCUACCAUCUGCUCCGUCCUGCUGGCCUUGUGCAUAGAAAACACCCGCUUGACGGGCUACGACUGGUUUGGGUUGGCGGGCAGCACCGUCGGCUUGCUCAUCAUGGUGAUCCCAGACCUGAUGAACCUGGACAGGAGCACCCUGCUCCACGACUCCUUGGGGUACGUCUGGGCUUGCAUGGGAGGCAUGUCGCUAGCCUUGGGCCUGAUCAUCUUCCGAGCUCUGGACUUCCCAGGCAAGCUGGUGACGGCAGCCUUCCUCUUUGGGGGGGUGGGAAGCCUCCUGUGCUCCCCGAUGAUGUUCCUCCUCCAAGACCCAGUCAUGCCUGUGGAUCCCCUCACCUGGACUUCUUUGGUGGUUAUCUGCGUCCUCGCCUUGGUGUCUUUCUUGUGCUCCAGCUAUGCUGUGACGAAAGCGCACCCGGCCCUGGUGUGCGCUGUGCUGCACUCGGAAGUGGUGGUGACCCUCGCUGUCCAGUACUGCGUGUUGCGUGAAGCGGUGACGCCCUUUGCUGUCAUAGGGGCAGGGGUCAUUCUAGGGAGCAUUGCUAUCAUCACAGCCCAGAAGAUCAGCAGCGAUGCUCCUGAGGAUGGUGAAGGGGUGAUGUGA